AACCACAAACCGCCAACAGUUUUUUUCAAUCCACCGGCUGCCGCCCCCUAGUCCCUUCCAAUUCCUCACACUCCGUCUACUGACAACACUAUAAAUAUUGAUUCCCUUAACUUUCCUAAAAUUACAAAAUUGUGAGUUCUGAAUUGAAAGGAUGGCUGAUGCAGCAGCAAAGGAACGCAAGAUCUUGGUCGCCGUAGAUGAGAGUGAAGAGAGCAGUUACGCCCUUUCAUGGUGUAUAGAGAACAUAAUCACCGGAAAUUCCAAUGAUACCCUUAUCCUUCUCUACUCAAUACCACCUCGAGCUGUUUACUCUACCUUAGACGGAACAGGGUAUUUGUUUUCAUCUGAUAUAUUGGCGACCAUGGAGAGGUACAGCAGUGAAGUUGCACAGUGUGUUAUGGAGAAGGCGAAACGAGCCUGCGAGGCUUUGAAUGGGGUUAAGGUGGAGACGAUAGUAGAGCAUGGUGAUGCAAGGGACGUGAUCUGUCAGGCGGCGGAGAAGUUACAUGUCGACAUGCUCGUCAUGGGAAGCCAUGGAUAUGGUGUCAUCAAGAGGGCAUUUCUUGGGAGUGUGAGCAACCACUGCGCGCAGAAUGUGAAGUGUCCAGUUCUAAUUGUGAAAAAGCCAAAAACUGAUGGCAGAAGGAAAUAGAUUUGUUGUACGUUAUGGAGUUUGUAAUUGUUCGUCCAAUGUAAAUUAAAUAGGCAGGGUGCUGUGAUUUUGUGGUGUUUUUUUUUUUCCUUUUUCCUUGAUUUAUGUACCUUUUGAAUUAAACUUGCUUAAUAAUUGUAUGAUUGCUUUUCAUAUGUUAGAGGCAA